AUGAAUGUCCUCAUACAAAAGAUCGAGAAAUACCUUCGCUUGUGUUACCACAACAAACCAACAAUGACGGGAUUCGCCAUGUUGGGUACGACCAGCAGUUCACUGUCACGCACUGACUGGGACGCCACCGUGGUCGAGGUAACGCUGUGUUAUAAUUCUAUAGAGGGCUUUGGAAUGGCGGCAGGCAGUGGUGGAGGAUGGAAGAUACUCACAGGGGUAUUUGUUUGUUCAUCUGCCGUACUGCUCUAUCUGUGGAUCAGAGAACUUGAAAUCAACAACCGACAUAGAUUCAAGGAUGGUGCUGAUUCCACGGGAAAUAAUGGUCCUUACCUUGUAUGUGGACAGACUAAGAGCAGCACCAGCAGCUCCAGCGGCUCCAGGAACACCAGGAACAUCAUCAACACAACUGAAGCAGUAUAUCCUGGCUUGUAUGACGACUUGACCGUGAGUGAGCUGAGUGCCAUUCAGAGCUACAUGUAUGGACUAAGAACUAUGACGAUUGUAAGGCCAUCCCAGGCGACGGUGAACAACAGCUACAUCUUCGUAUCUGAUCUCCAUCCACCAAGGAAGUCAGAAGCUUUGGCCUAUUUGGUUGGCACGGGUCCAAGGCCAGAGAGAAAUGCUCGACUUGUUAUAUUCAGAGGAGAUGCACGUCUUCGAGUCGUAGAGGAAUACAUUGUUGGACCUCUUCCUAACCCUACACGACACGUACUGUACGCAAACUCACGCCGUACAAACCCUGUCCAGUACGCCUAUAGACCUCUGGGACUAGUUGAAUAUGAUUCUUUUUAUGACAACAUAUUCCCAGAGAUUGAAAACAAGCUGGGUGUUCUUUUGAGAGAAAGCUAUGGGGGAACAUUUACCGCCUGUGGGAAUAGAUGCCUAACCUUUCACGCUGUCCCAAUCGGGAGUGGGAUCAUACAACAGCCUGUACGAAAGAUGUGGAUCAUUACCAGCCAUUCGGUAGAAUACCAUAGUCUCAACAACCUUGAUCUCAUGUUUCUUUUCAAUAUUGAUUCUUCAGACUCAUCUGUCAGCGUCGAGAAAGUUCUUUACGCUGGUAGGGAAUAUCUAAGUCUUGAUACCCUCGCCCUACAGUACAAUACCACAUCCAUACCUAAAACCAGAAUACCAUUUCCUAACAAUGACAGGAAUCUGUUCUCAUCAAUGAACAGAAGAGGUACACCAGUUCCUACAGAGCCUAAAAGAUCUCCAAGAAUGGUCGAACCAGAUGGUAAACGGUACUCUGUGAGGCAUCGCAGUGUCGAAUACAUGCAGUGGAAAUUCGACUUCAGAAUGUCUACCUUGUCCGGGCCACAGAUUUACAAUAUCCGGUUCAAUAAUGAAAGAAUUGCCUAUGAAGUCGGGAUGCAAGAAAUAGCAGUCUUCUACGGAGCUCACAACGCAGCCGUCCAAAACAGUGACUUCAUCGACAGUGGUGUUUUGAUUGGCACCCACUCCCAGUCUCUUGUUCCAGGAACCGACUGCCCGGAAACAAGCACGUUCAUCAAUACGGCCUACAUUGGCGAAGGAGCCAGUGAUGGACCAGUAGUUCUGGAGCAGGCUUUUUGCCUAUUCGAAUUGAAUAGUGGUGUACCCCUCAGACGCCAUCUUUCCUAUUCUAAAUAUGCGGGUGCUUUCUACUCUGGGAUGACAGACAACGUCCUUAUCCUUCGGAGUAUUUUCACCAUCGACAACUAUGAUUACGUUUCUGACUUUAUCUUCCACCAGAGUGGAGCGCUGGAGGUUCGAGUUAUGUCUACAGGGUACAUUUUCGCAGCUUUCCAUACACCAGAUGAAGCCCCUUAUGGAUUUAAACUCCAGGACAACAUCUUUGGACCUAUCCAUCACCACAUGUUCCUCUUCAAGGCAGAUGUUGACAUUCACGGCACCAGCAACAGAUAUGAAACCCUGGACAUCUCGGCCGAAGAAGUCCAAAACGAGCAGACGACAAAUGACCCCAGCUCAAGGUACAACCAGAUUCGGUUUGACAGACGGCUGAAGGAGAGAGAGAUGGCAGCUGCCUACAAAUUCAACUUUGAUAACCCAAUGUACCAUGUCAUACACAAUGAGCUACGUAACAGUACCCAGGGGGAGAUGAAGGCCUACAGGAUUCAGCUGAGCGGGAUGGCCAAACAGCUCCUGCCUGAAGAUGAAGGGAAUGAGAUCGUUGUUUCCUGGGCUCGUCACCAGCUGCUGGUUACAAAGUUCAAGGACGAUGAGAGAGACGGAAGUUCUCCGUAUGGUAUGUUCGACAGCUUGGAGCCCACUGUCAACUUCACGUCGUUUCUGGCUGAUGAUGAGAGUAUAAUCGACCAGGACCUCGUGCUCUGGAUCCCAAUGGGUACCCAUCACAUUCCACACACAGAGGAUCUACCUGUCACCCCUACAGCUGGCUCUCAUCUGGGCUUUUCCCUUCUUCCCUACAAUUAUUUCCCAGAAUGCCCCUCUUCUCAGUCACGUGACUCUGUUAGAGUCGAGUAUAAAGACCCAAGUCGUCCAUCUGCCGGUCUUCGAGUUGAGAGAUACGGUAACCAGGGAAAGACGCAGUGUGUUGCCAUGUCACCGGAUUAUGACCAGCAAGUGUCUGAUCGACCAUCAUCAAUCCUACAAUACCCUUAAGAUGUGAUGGGGAAAAAGAAACAGCAGUAAUGUGUUAAACUGAAAUUAUAUGAAAAAAGGACUUCUGGGAGGUUUUGGUUUCACAACAUCAAUUAGAAAUACGGCAACGCUUAGAAUAUGUUGUGUGUUUUUUAUAGUGUUUCAUAAAACACAGAAACAAUCAAUAUCAUUUGACGGUGUUAUCAGUCUGAGCCAUCGCAUUGGUGUAUGGAUGGAUACUGUG